AUGUCAACCCAACAAUCCCCUGAUGAGGAGGCCCGCAUGGUCGCUAAGAUCUACUCGACCCCCUUCUACAAGAAGGUCAAUGAUCUCGCACGCAAUACCGCUGGUACUGUCUAUGAUCCCAGGAUGGGUCCCCCCCCUCCAUCCCCACCCCUCAAGGAAUUUUGUCCUAUUCCUCCAAGCUCUCAAACUCAACGACCAGACACCCCCCGCCCAAAUGAAACCUACAUUGACAAUACACUCAUCCCUGGCCAGACAGUUGUCAACGAGAAGUGGGAUGAGAACCUGGAGCGCGUCUUCGGCGGUAUAUACAGUCGAAGGGACUGGAAGGACCUAGCAGACAUGACGGACAAAUGCUGGAAGCACCUCCGCAAGCAGAAAAACCGAAACCAGAGGCUCGAUAAGUGGAAUUUGGACGAGAUUGAGCUCUACGGGAGACUCUCGAUAUGGGGCGUUCAUCGAGAUGUGAUUGUAGCGCUUAUAGGCUUGCCGGUGAAUGCGAAUUGGACUCCUGAGGAGGCUGAUCACCUUGAGGCAGCUAUUAUUAACGAGUCGAAGUAUAUUCCUGUGACACAGCAGGAGGCUCGCGCCAAUCUUGAGGAACGUCAGAAAGAGCUCUCUCCCUCUCCGGAAAUGUGA